CUCAUGGCAGGAGGGAACCAGACCAGCAUCUUGGAGUUCCUCCUCUGGGGACUCUCAGAGCGGCCAGAGCAGCAGCGCAUCCUCUUCCUGCUGUUCCUGUGCAUGUAUGUGGUCACCGUGACUGGGAACCUGCUCAUCGUUCUGGCCAUUGGCACUGACGCACGUCUUCACACACCCAUGUACUUCUUCCUCGCCAGCCUGUCCUGUGCUGACAUCCUUUUCACCUCCACCACCGUGCCCAAGGCCCUGGUGAAUAUCCAGACCCAGAGCAGGUCCAUUUCCUAUGCGGGAUGCUUGGUCCAGCUCUACUUCUUCUUGACUUUUGGGGACAUGGACAUCUUUCUCCUGGCCACAAUGGCCUAUGACCGCUACGUGGCCAUCUGCCACCCUCUCCACUAUAAGAUAGUCAUGAGCCGCCAGCGCUGCACCCUCCUGGUUACUGCCUGCUGGGUCCUUACGAGUCUUGUUGCCAUGACCCACACUUUCCUCAUCUUUCGACUUUCCUUUUGCUCUAAGAAGAUCAUUCCUGACUUCUUCUGUGAUCUGGGACCUCUGAUGAAAGUGUCUUGCUCUGACACUCAGGUCAAUGAGCUUGUGCUGCUCUUCUUGGGAGGAGCAGUCAUUUUGAUCCCCUUUAUUCUCAUCCUGGUUUCGUAUAUCCACAUUGUUUCAGCCAUCCUCAGAGUCCCCUCUGCCCAGGGAAGGCACAAAGCCUUUUCUACAUGUGGGUCCCACCUUGCUGUUGUUGCCCUCUUCUUUGGGACAGUGAUCAGGGCUUAUCUGUGCCCCUCAUCCUCUUCCUCCAACUCCAUAGAAGAGGAUACGGCUGCUGCUGUCAUGUACACAGUGAUAACUCCCCUGCUGAACCCCUUCAUUUACAGCCUGAGGAACAAGGACAUGAAGUGUGCCCUGGCGAGAUGUCUCAGGGGCAAAGUCUUCUUUUCCUUGGGCCAGUGACCUCCGAGGUGAUACUGCAGGUGUCCUCCAUGCCCUCCAGGGAAGUCUCUACCUCAGGCUUUUCACUUCUGACGCCCACAUAUGUCUAUGACAACUCCCCUCCCUGAGUCCCUUCAUGACUUUGAUAUUGUUAAGGAAAAUCAAGAUUUUGCUUCGUGCUUUAAAGUUAAUAUGUUAAGAGUUGCUUAUUUACUCAUUUAUUUUACUUAUCACUUUUCACAAGGAGAAAUGUCUUUUGCAAUGUUUCCAAUUCUAAAAGUCCGUGCAGCCUUUUAUUCUAGUUCACUAAAAUUCAAUUAGCAAGGUCAUGGAAAGUGG